AUGAGUGCAGAGGUCAGCACUCCGACAGCCUCUACAAGCGGGGGUUCAACCGGUGGACCUGAAUAUCCAGAGUUUCCUACACCAGAAGGUCUUGAGGAGUAUUGCAGUCCAUUCGAUGAUGUUGAAGUAUCGUAUAUCGAUAAAAUCGCACAAGGUCAGAUUAAAAUUAACGAAAAUUUUGAAAAAUCCAGCAGCAAACGUCAUGAGCUUGAUCUUCAAAAAAAACUACUCGAGGAACUGGAGAAACAUUUUGAGAUUCUGAGUCAAAUUCCGGACGAUGGGUUGGAUACUGUUCAGUUUGAGCUUGAAACAGAGCGUGAAGCUCUUGCAAAGCUUGAAAAGGAGCUGCAGAAACUCUCCGAUGAGGCUAUGGUUUUGAUUGGAAAAAAUAUGGGUUAUAAGAAAACACUUCGAAAGUACUUGGGCUUGGUACCAUCAGGGGAAGGCGAAGUUCCAAAACUGGGAGACUAUCCCGGAUAUACGGAAUGCUAUGAGUAUCUCUUUGCUGUUUUUUCGCAGUGA